AACUCAGCCGAGCGUUUGUGAGCUGGUGGGCACGCGUUUGUGGUAGGUGAAGAGGGUCAAGGUGCCCAGCGUUUUAGAUCCUCGGCCCCAGGCCCAUCCCAGGAUACCACGGAGGGACCUCGGGGUCUGACUUCUCCCCUCCAGCCAGAUUCUCAGAUUCCAAAUGAAAAUGUUUGAGAACAUUGACUCUACAGCCACAAGAUCUGGCCCUGAUCUUUGGGCUGAAAUCUGUUCCUGUCUACCAAAUCCUGACCAAGAAGAUGGUGCCAGCAAUGCUUUCUCAGACUCCUUUAUGGAUUCUUACCCUGCAGGCACAGGCCAAAGGGAGGCCCCAGAGUUUGCUGUUCAGCCGGCUACAAAGCCUUGGGCUCCCUUGCAGGAUUCAGAAGCGUAUUUAGCAACUCUAGAGAAGAAGCUGAAAAGAAUCAAAGGUUUAAAUCAGGAAGUGACUUCCAAGGACAUGCUUCGAACCUUGGCCCAAGCCAAGAAGGAAUGCUGGGAUCGGUUCCUGCAGGAGAAGUUAGCAUCAGAAUUCUUUGUGGAUGGACUUGAUUCUGAUGAGAGCACCUUGGAACAUUUCAAGAGGUGGCUCCAGCCAGAUAAAGUAGCCAUCAGUACAGAGGAGGUCCAGUAUCUGAUUCCUCCAGAGUCCCAGGUUGAGAAGCCAGCGGCUGGGGACAAGCCAGCAGCAGCGGAACAAUAAGUUACACACACACACACUGAGCAGCUGUCUUGGGUCCAGAGGGAACAGCAGAGAGCUCGGUGGAGCAGCAAGGAGAAAUCUAGGGAGGGGGGGAAGCCCACCCUCCCACUCAACAAAGCAAACAGCUGUGGGCCCCCAAGGACUUGGGGCUGGCGUGUGUGACUGUCGGAUAAAGUGACCGCCCCAGUGCAUGCUGGAUCAACAUACUGCUUUCCUCUGGGUCUCACAGCUUGCCUGAGCUCUGUCGAUGCAGGUGAGAAGUCCACUAAGACUCUAGCGAAGCAGCAAGUAUGAAAGUACUUGGAGAAACCAAUACCCUUGGGUUUAAUAUAUAAGCUAAGUAAGCCAUAUUUUUUCUUCCCUCUUCUGGAUGUUCCUGCCUGCAUUCUGAGCAUUCCCUUGGUUAACUGUCAGGGGUGAGUGGGGCCAAGGAGAAUCAAGUCUGCCUCCUUGGGAACCACAGCCCACGUGGGGCUUCUCAAAGUUUGUAAUAAAUAUAGGGACUUGAGGAAAA